UAAACAUUUUAUUUAUACAUGUUAAAGAGGUUUAUAAGACAUACUUAAAAGUUUCAAAACGCGUUGAAAUUAUUUGUUUAAACCCAAUCGUUUAACUUGCUUUGAUUUUGAGCGUUAUGUAGCGUUAUCAGUAACAAAAUAUUUAAAGGACAAUAAAUUAUUUGAUUACUCAUUGUGAACAAUGUGUACCUCUCCUUAUCGCUAUACACAUCCUGUCGAAUAGAAGGAAGUUAACUAACUGUUGUGUAGGACAUGCGUUAGAGGGGACAGCGUAAUAUCUCUGGACUACUCUCAAUGGCGAGUUCUAGAAAACAUGGCGCUUCUAGCAAAACUUCUGCACCCAUCUUUAACCCGUCCACACCAUUUGUUCACAAUCUCGGCACCCUGCAUGCUGGACAGCAGAUAAUUAUAAGCGGAAUGCCGAGAUCAAACGCAUCAAGAUUCAACAUUAGUUUUGAUAACUCACCUAACGGACCGGGUUCCAGUGAUACGGCCUUCGUUUACGACGUCCGCUUCAAUUUCGGAACAGAUAAACAGGUGAUUGUGAGGAACUCUCAACAGUACGGCUGCUGGGGACACGAAGAGAGGGCUAUCCCGCAUUUUCCAUUUCAAACGGAGAAAUUCUUUGAAAUUACUGUCAACAUUUUCCGGGGUGGAUUCAGGGUUUGUGUUAAUAGCGGAGAUGUUAUGGAAUUCAAACACCGCUACAAAGAACAACCCUUGCCUAAAUUCUGCUAUUUAAGAAUUGACGGUGACGUUCAGCUAUCAAAGGUCGCUUUUAAACAGUGACGUAUUAGUUGAAUGUAAAGAAUACGCUUUGAAAUCAUUUCACCUUUGCUCGGGUACUCCGUCCGACUUUGAUGAACUUACCAUCAAAUAAUGAAAUGUCCAACUCAUAAUAUUGAUUUCUGUAUUGUAUUUUUUGUUCAUCUUAAAUCAGCAUUCUCGUACACCAGAGUGAUGAUGCUAUGCGUACAACAUGUUAGAUUUAUCAUUAUCAAACCUCUGAUGAAUGAGAAUGAAAUUAAGAUGUGAAGUAAACUUAUUCACAAUGUAUAUGACAGAUGCUAGACAUACUGUAUGUUACAAUACUUCAUUUGCUUUUCCGUCGGGAUUAUUUUGCUUAGAACAUGUCUACACUGUAAGAUUUUCUAUAUAAUUGCCAAAGAAUAGGAAAAUAGUAAAUGUUAUAAUAACAUUGUUUUAACAAAAUAAAGCUUUUUAGAUUU